CGACCCGUCAGUCAGUCGCUACGACAAAACGACUCUCAUACGUAAAUCAGCGUGUGUGAGCAAAGCAGAACACUCUCCCUCAUCCCCUGCGUCUAGUCGACAAUCAACUGCGCAAAGUCCAUGUAAGCCCCCUGAGCCAAACUGUGAGGAAAUGCCUCCUUCCUGCCUGUCUGUAUGACCCCUUGCAGCGAGUGCAGCAUCUUCAUUUUCCACAGUGCCGCCACAUAAUCGGACUUAUUCAGCUCACAUUCGCCAGUGUCUUCGAAGAAGAAGAAUGUCUCGCACGUAUCGCUGUCCGCACAUGCCCUGCCGCAAUCGUUGACGGUUGCCACGUCCACCACGGGGCUCUCCCGCCCCGGCUUUGGUCUGGCCAGGUGUUGUCUCAGACUGAUGUCGGGCUGGUAGCAGCGCCAGGGCACUGACCCGGCGGGAGGGGAUAGAGCACCAGCACCAGCCGGCUCAUCGUCGGACGACAAGACCAUUGGGCGUCGUACGACGCUCUGUGUGUUCUGCACCUUUUGUGGCCCACCCUUGAGCGUCUUGGAGGGCCUGAGACGCUUGCCAUCGCCCUUAACGGGUACCACACGCACAUACAAGUCACAGUGAAGUCAUCCGCGACCAUGGCGUCCGCGAGUUCCUUAAGUGUGAUGAUUUCCUCGAAGGCGGUCUUGUUGCGCUCGAUCAGUGGUUUGCCGAGAGGAGAUGGCGCCACUUGCUGAUGCCUUGUUAAAGAAUAUCCGAAGAGACGGAGAGAGGAGAAAAAAGGUUGAUUGAAGGUACGUACCUGUAACCGCAUUGAACGAGAAGUGGAUAGUCCAGCAAGGCCCCGACCGGUGUCCGUGUUGGCGUCGCUGCAGAGAAGCAGCCUGGGCCGCUCCGCCGAGGACCCCUCCCUGAGGUGCAGCAGCUGACCUCGAUGGGCAACAAAGCCCUCGAACUCGCGGACGAUCCUGGCCUCCUCCUCGUAUGUGACUUCCGUAAAGAAGGGCCCAACCUUGCCCCAAGUUAUCAGCACGGUUGGGGGAUUGCCUCUGUGGAAGAUUGGAGACGGGACCCAUUCAGCGAUUCACUCACGGCAGCAGAUAGACAUGACGCAAAUUCUUACUCUCCGUUGUCGACCAUUUGGACGCCUCCGCAACAGGGGCUGAUGAGCCUACAUGAAGGAGCGACCAUUCCGUCCUCCUCCCUCUCGCCCUCUCUCAGGUUGGUUACUUCAUGGGGUGCGUGAAGGACCACACUUUCGUGGCGGUCAUGUUUUUUGGCUCCAACUGCAGCCCGAGCACCCGAGAGAGUCUCCCUGUCCCGACGGUAAACAUGUUCCUGUUGUCAUACCUGCACUCCACACAUGUAUAUACACAUGUAUACACUCCUCCCGUGUGCAGUGCCGCUGACAUGAGAAUGUUGCCGUCCGACAGCUGCUGCGCAGGAUGUUGUCCGAAGAACGGAGGGUCCAUGAAAGUGAAGUCACUACAUGGCAGGCGAACAGAAGGGGAUGCAGACUCAUAUGAAGG